GCUGUCCCGCCAUGGAUGUUAGGGAGGUAUUCGAGAUCCAGCUGACGGCGCGCUACAUCGUGACACGUGGCUUCGCUCGCGUGUGCCUGCAGUUCCCUGAUUCGCUCCUCCCCCACGCCAUCUCCGUCCACGACGCGCUAAGAGCCGAAUGCGACGCGCUCAUUCGCCGCCAACAUGUCGCUUAUAACGGGGACAUUGGGAGUGAGUCUCUACUUGAGAAUCCCUCUGAGACUAUCCACGAGGGAAGUCAAGAACAGGCAUCCCUCAGCAAGCGCAAUCUGCAUGGCUCCGGGUUGCAGGGUUUAAGGGAGGGUCAAGGAGAGCAGCCAUCAGAGCCGGCAGGUGUAGUUAGAUCGGAGCCGCAGAAGCUGCCGCAACUCGCGGUGGUUCACGCGGCGGAACAUGCGGCAGAUGGGAACCCGCCGCGUCUGGAGCUGCCGCAUUUCUACGUUUUGGCUGACGCGGCAACCGCCACGUGCAGCAGCUGUUGCGUGGAUGAGGUGUCACCGUGCCACGUCAGCGCCGAUUGUAUCGUCCACUACGGCCACGCGUGCAUGUCGCGCCGCCCGGCGCGCUUCCCCGUGCGGUACGUGCUGCCACGUCAGCCGAUCGACGUGGCAGCAUGCGCUGCAGCAAUGAGAACAUAUUUCAGCAGCAGCAAUAAGCGCGUCCCCGCGCGCGUGGUUCUGGUGCUGUUUGCGCUCGAGUUCGCGCACGCGGCGGACGACCUUGCGCUCGCCCUGGGGCGUGGGGGAAAGGCGGGCGGAGGGGAGAGGAAGCGGGCGGAAGGAGUUAACGGGGGAGAACAGCGAGGGGAAGGCGGUAGCGGAAAGGUGGCGGAAUCGGAGGAAUUGGGGGCGGAAGGGUUGAAGGGGGGGGCGGAAGGGUUGAAGGGGGAGGCGGAAGGGUUGAAGGGGGAGGCGGAAGGGGGGAAGGGGGAGGAGGUGCGGUAUGUGGUGGCGCAGGUGCGGGAGAGAGAGGUGGAGCCUGAGGAAGGGGGGAAGAGUGCUGGCGCUGACACGUGUCGCGCUGUGAGUGGUGGGUGCUGUACUAGCGGCGGUGUUGCGGAAUCAAAUGCAAGCUCAUCAUGUGACGGGAGCGUAUCAAUAGUCGCAGCGGAGCUCCCUCCUUCCACUGCUGCUGCUGCUGCUCCUCCUGAAGACAACGUUGCCUCAUCAGCAGCAGCCGCCCAGUGCGCUGCAGCCCAGUGUGCCGCCCCUGGCACCGUGUUUGAACACGGCGGCCUGCGGUGGGUGCUGCCGCCCGGGACGAGCAUGGCUGCAGAAGCCGCCAAGAGCAGCACAGGUGGCACCACAGAGAAAAGCAGCAACGAGGAGAAGGAGGAGGAAGCGGCAGCAGCAGUGGGGGCGACGGUGGUGUGGGUGGGCAGCAGCGACGACUCUCCGUCCCUCAUCACCCUCGCCCUGGAGUACAACCAGACGGCCAUCCUCAGACUCGACCCCAACGAGGUGUCUUCUGCUGCAGCUGCCAGGCGGGGUGAAGAAACCAGCUCCAUUGCUGCAGAUCGCUCUUCUAGCGCCACUGCUUCUACUGCUACUACUGCCAGCAGCAGCAGCAGCAGCAGCAACAGCAGCAGCACCACCGCCACCACCGCCACCACGACCACCACUACCAGAAAUAACGGCUCCCUUUCUCCAUUCACCUCUAACCUCGCCCUCAUCGCUCCUAUCUUCCACCCUGUGGACCACUCCCGCCUGCUGCGCCGCCGCUACUUCCUCGUAGAAAAAGCCAAGGACGCGUCUAUAGUAGGCAUUGUGCUUAUAUCGCAGGCGGCCGGCGCGGCCGCCGCCGCCACCCGCGCCACCGUGGAACGGCUCCGAAAGGCGGCGGUAACCGCGGGAAAAAAGGCGUACGUGAUCGCGAUUCGGCGGCGGAUCACGCCAGAGAAGCUGGCGAAUUUCCCCGAGUGCGACAUGUUGGUGAUGGUGGCGUGUGCCGAGGGGGUGCUGGUGGAUAGCCGGGAGUUCUACGCGCCGGUUGUGACGCCGUUUGAGGCGCUCAUGGCGUUUGAGGAGGGACGGGAGUGGACGGGGGAGUAUCGAAUGCUGGUGGACGAUGCAGUGGUGGGGGAGAAAGGGGGAGGAGGAGGGGGAGUGGUGAGGGAGGGGGAGGCGGGGUCAGGGGAAGGUAGUUCAGAACGGAAUGUGGGUAGGGGUGGGGAGGAAGGGGAUGGGGAAGAUAAGGCUCCUCGAUUCUCCUUUGUGAGAGGCUCUCUGGUGUCGCACACCCCUCACAAUCCAGCGCCAUCACCAGCAGCAGCAGCAGCAGAGUCAUCAUCUUUAGCUAUCCGGCAAGACAUGUCUCUUUCUGCCGUUCCCGUUUCAUCCGAAGCUGCAGCCAUGGCUCGGGCGGCCAGCCAAUCGGGGUAUGCCACGUCAGCGGUGGUGGAGGCUCGGUCGGGGUCGGAGUUUCUGGCGCUGCGGCGUGACUACAAGGGGCUGGAGGUGCCCUGGUUCAUGGCGCCCGGGGAAGGGCAGUCAGGGGGUGGGGCGCCGCUGCUGGAGAAUGAUCUCCUGGAAAUGGAGAACGGGGUUGGGCGAGGGAAAGGGGAUGGUCAAGGGGUAGGAGCUUUUAUGCCGAGGGUUGCUCCGGCAAUCGAGGCAGUGAGGGUGGUGGAGGGGAGGGAGGGCCGUGCAGCAGGGUAUGUGGACGAACCCGAGCAGCAGGGAUAGAGCUUCUAGUGCUGUAGCGUGAUGAUAAGAGGCUGGAGAUGCCCUGGCUCAUGGCACCUGGGGAAGGGCGAGCAGGGGGUGGAGGGGGGUUGCAAGAGAGGGAAAGAUAGGUUGGGUAGUUGCGCAUAGACAGACAGGGGAUAGGUGCGUUUAUGGCGAGGGUUGCUCUGGUUGUUGAGGCAGUGAGGGUGGUGGAGGGUGUUGUGAUAUAAUUGAUACUUAGCAUUUCUGUAAGUCGAUCAGGUGUAGUUAGUGUUGACUCCUACUGUAGAACAUAAGUCCGUAGGAUGACGUCAGCAAAUAGCGCUCGUCAUGGGUAUUGGGCUGAGAAAAGCCCUUAGGAUCUUUCCAGAGACUAAGUCCAGUUGCAAAAAGGAGACUUGAGUAGUGCAGCGGAAGUUGAGUAGUUGAACCCUUGUACU